UGAUUGCUGUAAUGCACAGUCCACACGGCAAGUGAAAUAUAAGUAAUCAAUAUGUCACCAGAAACAUACCUAAACUCUGAAUGUAUGCAUGACAGAAAUUAUACAAAAUUACAUAUUUAUCCAAGAAAAAUACUGCAUUAGUUGUAGACAUGGCCGCAAAAUGAGUGACUGACAUGGUAUCAUGAUGAAUGACAGAAAAUUUUGUCAUAAUGAGUGUGUCACAAGUUGUGUCAUAAUAAGUGAGUGACAAGUGGUGUCAUAAUAAGUGUCUGACAAGUGGUCUGAAAAUAAGUGAUUAGUGUUUCAUAAUGAGUGAUUUGACAAUUUGUGUCAUGUGAGUGAAUGACAUGUGUUGAAAUGAUGAGUGACACAAAAGUGGUGUCAUAAUGAGUGACCGACAAGUUAUGUCAUGAUUUGUGACUGGCAUGCGUUGUGUUACUUAAAAAUAUACUACACCAUGUGUUGUUAAAUAAAAAAUAUACUACACCAGUUUCAAAUUUUCAUGUGGAAAAGUAUUAUAAACUGUGUACACAAUGUUUUAGCUUAUUAAAAAUCAGUUAAAAUGUCUUAUAAAAAAUGUCUGGCUCACCCAUUCUGUCCCAACCAUCAGUUUGGACUUUCGGAAGUGUGGUGUGCUGCGGCACACUCGGCACGCUGCUGAUUACGCUUGAAAUUACCCUUUUUUAUGAUCAUAGAUUAAUUUAAUUUUGUUGCCAUUUACUUUCUUUAACUAAUCUUACAUUUCUACAUUUCUAUUACAUCACACAGAGAGGAAUUGUGUCAAAAUCAUAAACGAUGGAUUUCUGCCGAAAGUUCCGAACAGUCGAACUUGUUAUAGCUAUGUUAUAGCCAUCAGUCAGAUGAUUCUGGACGAGGGAGAAACGUUGGAAGAUCUCCCACCUGACAUCAUACUUCAACACAAAUGUCCGUAUUACGAGGAUGACAACCGUAUGCGUUUGAUGGGGCCAAAAAAUGGAAGUUGGACUUUUGUAAAUAUAACGGAUAUACUAAAUUUUAAUUAAUUAACUUUGCGCUAACUGAUAUUCUGAACAUACCUACCUACCUACCUAAAUACCUAUCUACCUAACUAAAUACAUACCAACCUACCUACAUACCUACCUACAAACCUACCUACCUACCUACCUAAAUACCUACUUACCUACCUAUCUACCUAAAUACCUACCUACCUACCUACCUAAAUACCUACAAACGUAUCUACCUACCUACCUAAAUAUCUAUCUACCAACCUGCCUACCAACCUACCUACCAACCUACCUACCAACCUACCUACCUACCUACCUACCAACCUACCUACCUACCUACCAACCUACCUACCUACCUACCUACCUACAUACACAUUACACACACACAUUACACACACACAUUGCACACACAUAUUACACACACAUAUUCCACACACAUAUUCCACACACACAUUCCACACACACAUUCCACACACAUUCCACACAUACAUUCCACACAUAUUUUAAACACAUACAUACAUACAUACAUUUAUAUAUGUAUAUAUUUAAAUAUAUGUAUCAUUAGUAUCCAGUUUCACUUUUGGAUCCUCUUCUCUGACAGUAUCCCAUUUCCUGGUGGGAUUCAGAUCCCAGUUUGAUCCCUUUAUCCGAUUGAAUUGCGUUACUGUUGGGUUCAUUUUACUGCGUAAUCUUGUUAACUUUACCAAAAGCUUUUAUAUCCCUUGAAAAAUCCCAAGUGAACUUUAUAGAAAAGUGUGGAACAUUCUAGAUAAAAUUUAGAAACCUCCCCGAAACACAUAAACAAUAACUUUUUAAGAAAUUAUUUUUUGAACUCGAUAAAUUAUACGACUCUAUGCACUGUUAUAGCUAUAAUACUUUUAAGCUAAAAGAGGAAGACCACUGGGGGCCCAUUCCAAGAUUUUACGAAAUCAUUUAUGCCUGAGAUGGGAAACCACAUAAAAAUCAUUUCCGUACACUUUGGAGUCAAAAUUUAAAAUUUUUGCCAAAAAAAUCUAUUUUUAAAUGACAAAGCUAUAGCUUAUUAAAGUUAUCAAACCUUCUGAAAAAUCCUAGAUUGGAUACUCUUAGUUUUAAAUCCACUGAUUUUAAUACGAAAAGUAAAAUGUAUUGCUACCAUGCUAGGCCUAUAUCAAUUAAUUCAGAUAUAAACUAUAUUGUUGUGUUAUGUAGGAUUGCUUACGUCAUAUUCCCCCCGUCCUGAGAUCCCGAGCAGACGCUGCCUUGUCAUUGGGCAUGGCUUAUUCCCUUUGAUUUUAUUUACCACAAAUUAAGCUAUCGCCUAUUUUGGUUGACUUGAAGGCUUUAGAAAAGUAUAGUAAAUUGUGGAGUGUUCUAGUGACAAGUACAAUCGGGAAUGCGCCUCUAAUAUUUGGUAGUACCUACUAUAAAAGCAAAGAGAGCAAUAUUGAGAAGGGGAGAUAGUUUUGACUUCACGAGACAAGUGUGUAUAAUUCUGGGUGCACUCAUGUGUUUAUUCGUAUUCAUCAUUGUACCUUAUUUUUGGCACAUUGUAUUAAGUUUCAUUUUAUAAUCAUAUUGAUACUUAAAUAAAUCUUAUUAAUUGUAAUUAGUUAAUGUUUUGAUUGUCAUAUUUUUGCUAUCGUAUUCCUCAUAUGGUAUCGUCCUUUGAUUAGUACACCAAGUGGAUGAUGAUCAUGUUUCAAUAUGAACAUUAAGACUAGUUUUACUGACUCCAAGCAAGUUCCUGCUUCGUUUGUGAAGUUUAUGAGCUUGUCGCUAAGAUCUUUUUGCUCCAAGAAGAGGUUUACCUCCAGAGGGCGUCUUUUUGAUGACUUGUGUGCACGUUUUUAUGACUCUAUGCAGAGUUUUACAUCCUCUACCCUAUGCGACUGUUCUCAAGACUCCAACAAGAGUUUACCUGCUAAGGUCGCAACUUCUACAUCAGACACUACUAUUGUCAUACAAGACAUCAUUCCUUUCAUAUUUGAAGGAUUUGUAUCACUGACAGGUGAUAUUUCCAGUCUACGAUCAAUAGAAAUCUUACAGCCCUUGCUUCUUUAGGGUAUACUUCCCUUGUCUGAAUCUUUUGCUACUGGGAGCAACAUCCUGUUAUGAGGUUUAGACCUAGUCUCCGGAACUGUGGUUGUGGGUGUCAGACCAACAUUACCAUUAGAGGGUAUCUCGUUGCUGCUAGGCAAAGAAUUAGCUUGUCGACAGGUAAUAGCAGAACCCAUCGUUAAUCAUGAACCUUGUUUCACUGAAUAUCCAGACGAAGAUACAGCAUUAUAAACAUGUGCUGUUACCAGGACCAUGAGUUUUAAGAUCUCCGAAAAUGAGAUUUCACCAAAAAGAAAAAUAACCUUCCUGAAAUUGUCCUGGGAACAACAAUUUUAGCCAGUCUAAACGAAUAUUCAAUGAAUCACAAGACUCCAACUAGAAUGCAACUUAUUGAAGAGCAGAAGGGUGAUUCAGAAAUAUUAAAACUUCGAGAGAACGCUUUAACCGAAGAAGAAUCUGAACAAUUUCCUGUAUGUUAUCACCUACCAGAUGAUAUACUUAUGAGAAAAUGGCGACCUUUAUACGCAAAUGCUAACGAAUGUGUUUAUACACCAUUCCGGAUCGAAGUUCUUAACCCAGCCCAUAAUUUGCCACUUUCACGUACUCUGGUUAUGCACCAUUCCGGAACGAAGUCCUUAACCUAGCCAAUGAUUUGCCACUUUCAGGCCCUCUGGUUAUACACCAUUCCGGAACGAAGUCCUUAACCUAGCCAAUGAUUUGCCACUUUCAGGCACUCUGGUUAUACACCAUUCCGGAACGAAGUCCUUAACCUAGCCAAUGAUUUGCCACUUUCAGGCACUCUGGUUAUACACCAUUCCGGAACGAAGUCCUUAACCCAGCCCAUGAUUUGCCACUUUCAGGCACUCUGGUUAUACACCAUUCCGGAACGAAGUCCUUAACCCAGCCCAUGAUUUGCCACUUUCAGGCACUCUGGUUAUACACCAUUCCGGAACGAAGUCCUUAACCCAGCCCAUGAUUUGCCACUUUCAGGCACUCUGUGAGUAAACAAGACAAAUAACAAAAUCGCGAAGGAUGUUUUUAAUUCUGUUAUUACAGAUUUUGUUUCUCUUCUCCCUGAUGUGCUUAAUAAAACCAACAUUGCUGUACAUGAUGUUGACAUUGGCAAUGCAGUUCUGGUCAAGAAACAUCCCUAUACGGUCAAUCCGGAAAAACUUGAAAUAUUCCUGUCUGAAAUGAAAUACAUGCUUAAAAAUGAUAUUAAUGAGCCAAGCUCUAGUUCACCAUGCAUUUAAGUCCAAAAGCCUAAAAAAACUUACAAGUUUUAAACUGACUUAAGGAAAGUGAAUUCAGUUACAAUUUUUUUUCCAUUUUGAUUCCAACGAUAGACGAUCUUAUAGACCGAAUUGUUGAUGCCAAAUAUGUGAUCGAGAUAGACCUAUUGUCCGGUAAUUGGCAGGUUCCUCUACCUGACAGAGCAAAAGAAAUAUCUCCUUUCUGUACUCCAGAUGGUAUACAACAAUUUAAAGUUAUGCCGUUGGGAAUAAAAAAUGACCCAGCUACAUUCCAACGACUAUUAAAUAACAUUAUUGCUGACAAGGAAAAUUGCAACGCUAAUAUUGAUGAUGUAAUUAUUUACAGUCAAGAUUUUUCAAAUCAUGUAAACCAGUUAAGAUCCCUGCUUAAAAAAACUUUUUGGCAGGAAAUUGUAACUGUAAAUUUAAAUAAAUGUGAUUUUUGUCAUGCAACUAUUAAAUAUUUAGGCCACAUAGUGGGUCAAGGUCAUGUCAAGCCUGUUCAAGUUAAGAUAAAUGCUAUUAUAUCAAUUCCGCCAACCAUUACUAGAAAACAGUUAAGGAGAUUUUGGGGAAUGGCAGGUUGCUAUAGAAAAUUUGGAAAAAAAAUUCUCAGUUAUUGCUUCUCCCUUAAGUAAUAUUUUAAAGAAAAAUGCACAUUUGUAUUAGUCAGAUGAUUGUCAGGAAACAUUCGAAAACAUAAAAAAAAAACUAGAUAAUGCACCAGACCAGGUACAAAUUUAUUGCUGUACUGUUGGUAGAUUUGUAUGUUAUAUUGAUUGUAUCUGUGUGCGCCUUCGCCACAUUGCACAGGUACAAGUUUAUUGCUGUACUGUUGGUAGAUUUGUAUGUUAUAUUGAUUGUAUCUGUGUGCACUUUGGCAACAUUGUACCGGUACAAGUUUAUUGCUGUACUGUAGGGAAUAGAGUUUUAUUUUAUUAAUAUUUUCUUCUUUUUUUAAAAAGUAAUUUUAAUAAAUUUAUAUUUUUAAUUAGCCCUAGUUUGGAUAUCUUUCUCUAAUAUUGUAUUUUCUUAUUGGUAUCCUCCUUUCGCUUUGUACUGUUGGUCACUAGCCAUAUAGUCAAAUAAGAGAUUCAAUUAUUUAAACCUUAUAACGGUAAAUAUCAAGGGUAACGUAGGUGUAUAAUAUAUUGCAGAAUUGUUUCUUUUAAAGAACUUUAGGAUGCCACACAAAUAAAAAAAUCAUUACAUAGAUAAUCUUUUUUAAAAUGAGUAAUUAUGAUGAGUUUUUGUAGUUACAGAAAGAAAUGAUAACAAAGUGCACGCCAUUAUUAUAUCGAUAAUUUCAGGUCAUAUUUUCAAAUAUAUAUAGAGAGAGAAAUAACACCCAUAUAUGAGCGUGACACCUUUGAGUCAGAGAUUAGACAGAUCUUCGCAACCCAUAUAUGAGCGUGACACCUUUGAGUCAGAGAUUAGACCGAUCUUCGCCACCCAUAUAUGAGCGUGACACCUUUGAGUCAGAGAUUAGACCGACCUUCGCCACCCAUAUAUGAGCGUGACACCUUUGGGUCAGAGAUUAGACCGACCUGCGCCACCCAUAUAUGAGCGUGACACCUUUGAGUCAGAGAUUAGACCGAUCUUCGCCAUCCAUAUAUGAGCGUGACACCUUUGGGUCAGAGAUUAGACCGAUCUUCGCCACCCAUUUUACUUUCAUUCACCAACAAACUUAAAAUAAUUCUAUACUUAUUACGUCAUUGAAAAAACACAAGUUUUUUUUUUUCAUUUUUAAUCGUUACGCCCCUUUUUAUUUAUUAUAUAUAUAUUUUUUGGUCUUCUGCGAUAAUUUUGCACCUACAUGCAGUUUGCGAAUGUUUAUUUUCAGCACUACUCAGAACCAGUGAAAAUCUGUUUAGAUAAACAAUCAGACCAUUAUAAAAGUUUUGGAAUCCAAUGUUUACACACUUCAGGGCGAACUUAUGAAAUUACAAGCGCGUUAUAUCCAUUUUUCAUGACAACCAACUGUUCUAUGAGGCUUUUCUUGGGUGAGGUAGCGUUUAUUGAACAAAAAUGGAAUAGCCACUCGAUUAUCACCAAUGAUCAUGGACUGAAGGGAUUGUCUAAAGAGAUUUCAGCAAACGACUUUGAUGGUAAAUGCUAUUACCAUUUCUUUAUUGUUUUUUUCUUACAAAACAACGAACGAGUAGGCAGCAAAAGAAAUGUCCCACGGAUACUACUUCUCAGCCAAGUGCUAUUUCUUAUUCGUAUUUUUAUACGUUUUUUUUUUCUGUUGUUUUGUUCGCUGACGAAGGCUUUCUGCCGACACGUUCGUUGUUUUGUUGCGUUCCUUUUUUCAGAUUUAACCCUCCUCUGUUUUACUCAGUUUAUUUUGUGCUAAACUGAUUGCAGUCUUUCCCCUUAUAACGUCUAACAUAGCAGUAAGCUGCUUGAUUUCUUAAUCUAAGUUUAUUUAAGCACCAAAUAUUUUACUCAUUCGAAGACAUGAUAAUAAAAUACCUUUACUUGAAGUUAAUGCAAGUUAAAAAAAAGGAGUCCAGUGGAUACGGAGGAGAAUAUAGGUUCUGUGUAUUGUGUCGUUGCGAAGAUAUAGAGGAUAAGCUAGGUUCUGUGUAUUGUGUCGUUGCGAAGAUAUAGAGGAUAAGCUAGGUUCUGUGUAUUGUGUUGUUGCGAAGAUAUAGAGGAUAAGCUAGGUUCUGUGUAUUGUGUUGUUGCGAAGAUAUAGAGAAUAAGCUAGGUUAUGUGUAUUGUGUCGUUGCGAAGAUAUAUAGGAUAAGCUAGGUUCUGUGUAUUGUGUUGUUGCGAAGAUAUAGAGGAUAAGCUAGGUUCUGUGUAUUGUGUUGUUGCGAAGAUAUAGAGGAUAAGCUAGGUUCUGUGUAUUGUGUCGUUGCGAAGAUAUAGAGGAUAAGCUAGGUUCUGUGUAUUGUGUUGUUGCGAAGAAAUAUUGGAUAAGCUAGGUUCUGUGUAUUGUGUUGUGGUUAUAAUAUGGAGGAUAAGACAUGUUUUGUGUCUUGUGUUGCGGUAAAGAUAUGGCAUAUAAAGUAUUCUGUGUAUUGCUUUUUGGUCGAGAUAUGAAGGAUUAUAUAGGUGUAUUGUGGUGUUUUGAAGCUAUGAAGGAUAAAUUAGGUUCUGUGUAUUGUGUUUUGGUGAAUAUAUGGAUGAUAAGUUAUAUCUGUGUAUUGUGUUCCGGUGAAGAUAUGGAGGAUUAGAUAAAAUGUAUUUAUGGGUUUGGGUGAAGAUAUGGAGAAUAAGAUAUGUUGUAUUAAUGAGUAUGGGUGAAGAUAUUAAGGAUCAAAUAGGUUUUAUGUAUUGUCUUGGGUUAAGAUAUGAAAGUUAAGAUAUGUUAUAUGUAUGAGCUUGGGUUCAGAUAUGAAGGAUAAAAUAGGUUGCAUGUAUGGACUUAGGUGUAGAUAUGGAGGAUAAAAUAGGUUGUGUGUAUGGACUUGGGUGUAGAUAUGGAGGAUAAAAUAGGUUGUGUGUAUGGACUUGGGUGUAGAUAUAAAGGAUAAAAUAGGUUGUGUGUAUGGACUUGUGUGUAGAUAUGGAGGAUAAAAUAGGUUGUGUGUAUGGACUUGGGUUUAGAUAUAAAGGAUAAAAUAGGUUGUGUGUAUGUACUUGGGUGUAGAUAUAAAGGAUAAAAUAGGUUGUGUGUAUGGACUUGGGUGUAGAUAUAAAGGAUACAAUAGGUUGUGUGUAUGGACUUGGGUGUAAAUAUGGAGGAUAAAAUAGGUUGUGUGUAUGGACUUGGGUGUAGAUAUGGAGGAUAAAAUAGGUUGUGUGUAUGGACUUGUGUGUAGAUAUGGAAGAUAAAAUAAGUUGUGUGUAUGGGUUUGGGGAAAGAUAUGGAGGAUAAAAAUCCUAACAACAUUUUCAAGGGUUUAGACUUUAUAAAGAGAAGAGUAUGGAUACGGGAACGUUGUUUAGUUGACAUGGUCCAAAAGACUUGGUUGAGAAGACAUGGUUUAAAAGACUUAGUUUAGAAGACAGGGUUUAAAAGACUUGGUUUAGAAGCCAGUGUUUAAAAGACACAGUUUAGAAGACAUGGUUUAUAAGACCUAGUUUAGAAGACAUGGUUUAAAAGACUUGGUUUAGAAGACAGGGUUUAAAAGACCUAGUUUAGAAGACAGGAUUUAAAAGACCUAGUUUAGAAGACAUGGUUUAAAAGACCUAGUUAAAAGACAUGGUUUAAAAGACUUGGUUUAGAAGACAGGGUUUAAAAGACCUAGUUGAGAAGACAUGGUUUAAAAGACUUGGUUUAGAAGACAGGGUUUAAAAGACUUGGUUUAGAAGACAUGGUUUAAAAGACUUGGAUUCGAUGUUUUGGCUUAGAAGUCAUUCCUUCAUGUCGUAGUCUAUAAAAAAUAGCAUAAUCAGGGACUAAUUGCGUCAUGGAAAUGUCAAACGUGAUUGUCCUGGAUUUGAGAGAGCAUCGUGCAGGAUAGAGAGCUACUGUAUAUUCCUAGAUGCGCGUCAUGAAAAGGAAGUAUGUGAGUGUCCUGGAGAUUAGAUAGCAUCAUGAAGGAUAGAGAGGUAGGGUGGAACUCUAGACGUACGUUAUGGAAAGGUCGUGUGUGAGUGUCCUGGAGUCGAAUCACGAAGCACUUUUUUUGUGGCCAAAAGAGGGAUUAGCUCAACUCCAAAAGAAUAUGAAUAAGCAUUACCGAAAUCGCCUGCUUUAACACAACAUCUUUUGAAUUCAUAUAUUCUCUUAGACUUCAAGUUUACUUAUCUAAGUCUGACAAGAGAGAAAACAAUUUCAUUUACAGCAACUGUAAAAAACAUUAUAUUACAACAUGCGUUGAUUUAAUGUUUAGCUUCUAGAUCAGAUUAAAAAAAAAAAAAUAACCUCUAUCAUUUUAUCAGAAGCGCCAUACUUUAACCACACGGAAGAUGCCAUGUGUGACGAAGCCGAAAAUGUUGGAGUAAACCCAUCCAAGAAUGGUUCCUUUGACAAAAGACCCCGAAC